GCCCAACGUGAUGACGUCAGUGCGCGCGCGCCUUCGGGAGGAGGAGUAGGGGCCGCGGGCCGGCAGGCGCCCAGGCUUCGCAGGCCCCGCACGGCCCGGCGAUGGAGUUUCCGGACCUCGGGGCUCACUGUUCCGAGCCGAGCUGUCAGCGCUUGGAUUUUUUGCCACUCAAGUGUGACGCCUGUUCGGGCAUCUUCUGCGCAGACCAUGUGGCCUACGCCCAGCAUCACUGUGCAUCAGCUUACCGAAAGGAUAUCCAGGUACCCGUCUGCCCCCUCUGUAACGUGCCUGUGCCCGUGGCCAGAGGGGAGCCUCCUGACCGGGCUGUGGGAGAGCAUAUUGACAGAGACUGCCGCUCUGAUCCUGCCCAGCAAAAGCGCAAGAUCUUCACCAAUAAGUGCGAACGUUCUGGCUGCCGGCAGCGGGAGAUGAUGAAACUGACUUGUGACCGCUGUGGCCGAAACUUCUGCAUCAAGCACCGUCACCCUCUGGACCAUGAUUGCUCUGGAGAGGAUCAUCUGACCAGCCGAGCAGGGCUUGCUGCUAUCUCCAGAGCACAAGGUCUGGCUUCUACAAGCACUGUUUCCAGUCCCAGUCGGACCUUGCCUGUGUCUUCCUCUCCCAGCAGAGCCACAUCCCAGCUUCCACCCAGGACAGCCCCUCCAGUUAUUGCUUUGCAGAACGGCUUGAGUGAGGAUGAGGCUCUGCAACGCGCUCUGGAACUGUCCCUUGCAGAGGCUAAACCCCAGGUCCCAAGUUCCCAGGAGGAAGAAGACUUGGCAUUAGCCCAGGCACUGUCAGCCAGUGAGGCAGAAUACCAACAGCAGCUGGCGCAGAGCCGUAGCUUGAAGCCGUCCAACUGCAGCCUGUGCUAGGGUCCUGGGCUUGGGGAGGGAGGCUCACCGGAGGACUGUGGCCCUCACAUCUCCAGGGUACACAAGGAAAAGAAGCACAGAGAAGCCUGGUUCGCAGAGACAAGCAGGAGUGACGAGAAGGAUGCUCAGUGGGGCCUGGAGAGGAAAGCAGCUUAUGCAGCCAAGCUGAGGAAGGACCCUGCUAGCUCUGCUGCUGCAGGGAGGGUGGCCAGGAACCAUUCUCUUGUUGGGGUUUUGGGCAGGCGCUAACCAGACUCCACCCCAGCCCCUUUUAUCAUGUUAUCCCUUUUCCCCUGGGGCUGCCACGCCACAUGUAGCGGACAGGGAGAGGCCUGGGAAGAAUAAAAACGUUGGCAGUUAGUAA